AUGCGAUUAGCUACAAGACUUACGUUACUACUAUAUAAUAGGGAACGUGUAUGCAAUAGAUGCCGAAUAAACGACGCGUUGUUACAAACGUUGUACGAAUACAUUCAAAUUAGUCAUAACAUACUAGUACUACUAGGGCAGAGCUCGGAAGACAAUCGCCCACUCUCGCACGACAUUAUAGCAUAUAUUAAUACACUACCUGUGUGCAUAAAAACCGGCUCCGACCAUAAUUUCAUGGCGCCUCCAAUACAACUAGAUCUACUAUUAACAGAACCUGACUUAGCACAAGUAGAUAACAAUUUUCUAGGAAGUAUAUCAGACCUACAAGAGUUUUCGUCAUUUACAGAGGCAGACCUAGCAGAGGCGGCGAGAUUGCGUCGAUAG